AUGAGUGAAGAAACCGCUCAAACCUACCCCGUGGUAGCUGAUAAUGCUAUCAACAGACACAAAGAAAGAGGCAAUUAUGAUGUCGAAACUGUCCACUCCAUCUUUAAUUCGACACCCGUUGCACACGUCUCAUUUAUUCCCGACCCCACCAAUCCUGCGCCUGUAGUUCUACCCAUGAUUGCACGCGUCGGUCAAUUUCCCGGUGACGAAAACCCCGCUUGCUACGUCCAUGGUUACGUAUCUACGAGACUUUUCAAAGUUGGUCAAAAGACUGGUCAAUCUGAUGGAAUCCCCAUGUGUAUUGCCGCGACCAAAGUCGUAAAUCUUGUUCUCGCUCUUACACCUUUCAAUCACAGCUACGAUUAUCGCUCUGCUAUUAUUCAUGGUCGAGCUACUCUUCUCGAUCCGAAUGAAAAUACUGAGGAGAAUAUUUGGGCAAUGAAGCUUAUUACGGAUGGUAUCGUACCAGAACGAUGGGAUAACUCUCGUGUUCCACCUGACAAGAGUGAAAUUACAUCUACACGAAUCUUGAAGGUUCACAUCGAGAGUGCAAGUGCUAAGAUUCGGGAUUCUGGUGUUAAGGAUGAUAAGAAAGAUUUGAACAAUCCAGAAGUCCGAGGCAAAAUCUGGACCGGUGUCAUCCCGUACGUGGAGACCCUUGGAACACCAAUACCAAAUGAGACGAACAUGGUCACGACUGUUCCUGCAUACAUUACAGAACAUAUCAAGGAACACAACAAGAAUGCCGGAGGUGGAGAAGCAGGAAAUAGUUUCGUCUCUAGGGUGGUAGGAUCUAUGUUUGGAGCUUGA